GGGGACGAACUCCACGACGACACCGCGAUGCAAUGCAACCGCCUUUCGCCGCGGGGCCCACCUGCCUCACGGGACCCUUCCGUCUGUGCCUGGGUAUGGCCUUCUCCGCCCCCUCCCUCCCUCCCCGUCUAUAUAAACCGGCACCCUCCCCUCGCAAGUCCCCAAUCUCCAAUCUCCCAAUCCAAUCCCGUCGAAAGAAUUCUCCUGCGAGCGAAAGCAAAGGAGCCUGCCUCUCCCGAUCCUCUCAAGAUGCAGAUCUUUGUUAAGACCCUCACCGGCAAGACCAUCACCCUCGAGGUUGAGUCCUCGGACACCAUUGACAACGUCAAGGCUAAGAUCCAGGACAAGGAAGGCAUUCCUCCGGACCAGCAGAGGCUCAUCUUUGCUGGCAAGCAGCUUGAGGACGGCCGCACCCUUGCUGACUACAACAUCCAGAAGGAGUCCACCCUCCAUCUGGUGCUCCGGCUCAGGGGAGGCAUGCAGAUCUUCGUCAAGACCCUCACUGGCAAGACCAUCACGCUUGAGGUCGAGUCUUCUGACACGAUCGACAAUGUGAAGGCCAAGAUCCAGGACAAGGAGGGCAUCCCCCCGGACCAGCAGCGUCUCAUCUUCGCAGGCAAGCAGCUCGAGGAUGGCCGUACCCUUGCUGACUACAACAUCCAGAAGGAGUCGACACUCCACCUUGUGCUCAGGCUCAGGGGUGGUAUGCAGAUCUUCGUCAAGACCCUCACUGGCAAGACCAUCACGCUUGAGGUCGAGUCCUCAGACACCAUUGAUAAUGUCAAGGCCAAGAUUCAGGACAAGGAGGGCAUCCCUCCGGACCAGCAGCGUCUUAUCUUUGCUGGGAAGCAGCUCGAGGAUGGUCGCACCCUUGCUGACUACAACAUCCAGAAGGAAUCCACCCUUCACCUUGUGCUCAGGCUCAGGGGUGGUAUGCAGAUCUUUGUGAAGACCCUCACUGGCAAGACUAUCACUUUGGAGGUUGAAUCCUCGGAUACCAUUGACAAUGUGAAGGCCAAGAUUCAGGACAAGGAGGGCAUCCCCCCGGACCAGCAGCGCCUCAUUUUCGCUGGCAAGCAGCUUGAGGAUGGUCGUACCCUUGCUGAUUACAACAUCCAGAAGGAGUCAACCCUUCACCUGGUGCUCCGCCUGCGUGGUGGUAUGCAGAUCUUCGUCAAGACCCUCACCGGCAAGACCAUCACCCUGGAGGUGGAGUCUUCUGAUACCAUUGACAAUGUGAAGGCGAAGAUCCAGGAUAAGGAGGGCAUCCCCCCAGACCAGCAGCGUCUGAUCUUUGCUGGCAAGCAGCUGGAGGAUGGCCGCACUUUGGCAGACUACAACAUCCAGAAGGAGUCCACCCUCCACCUGGUGCUCCGCCUCCGUGGUGGCCAGUAAGUUCUGCUGGGCUGUGUUGUCCCUGGGUUCACAAGUGUGGUGCUGGUGCCUUGUGGGUCUCCUGAGAUUAGGAGACCGUCUGUCAUCGUGUUCUGUGGUUUGAGUCCUGGUCGAGUCUUGGCUCUUGUUUGCCUGUCUGAUGCAGAGCCCAUGUUGAGUCCGAUGUUGUCUGGUUAUUUGUGAACACUUGCUGCUGUGCAGCAGUUUGGUCGAACUAUGGAAUGAAGAAUAAGUGAACCCUGAAGUUGUGGCUAUGUUUGUUCAUGGUUUCUGGCUA